AUGCGUCUGAACGAAAACGCCCCGGCCCCCGUGCAAGCAGAGUCGGCCCUGCUAAGCCGCCGUCGCCGUCGCAAAUCGCUACCUUCGCGCAAUGGGAACGCCGAUCCAACUUCCCCCGAAAUCAUUUCCUCUCUCAUUUCGUCCCUUUCUACUAUAUCCGUGCCUCUGAACUCUCAUUUCGAUACCGUACCGAAGAUCGACACCGACUCCGAUCCCGGGUUGCCCGAGGUACCUCACACAGCGCCUGUUUACUCUAUACCCCCUUCGGAACAACAUGGGUUUGGAAUGAGCUACGGUGCCUAUAAGCCAACAGCCGAGCCACCUGAGCGCCCUCAAAGCCCAUUCUUGCACCCCGAUGAUGCUGCCUCGUCCCCUGUCAUUCGUAUGGCCAGAGCGCCUCCAUCACCAAAGGUUCCCAAGUCCCCGCGAUCUCCAAGAUUCAAAUCCUUCAAAUCUGCCGACUCGAAUUCCAUGCGUCCGACGUCGAGAGAGUCGUAUACAUCUGUAGUUGCUCCGGAGGUCUCGUCAUUUGGAACAAUCAGUACAGAGCCUGGUCCCCGCCUGUCAACUGCUCCCAGCAUUGCCUCAAAUAGCUCUGCAGGUCGAACAAGAAGCUUGAAGGGAGGAUUUGGUUUAUUGAAGAAAUCAUCUUCCCGAGAAUUCUCAAGCGACAAAGACCCGCAAGUCGAGCGCUUGCGGAGGACGACCAGCCACAACGAGAUUCUACGAUAUAACAUCCCGCGUAGCCGAGCGAGCCUGCGCUCAUUGCAUUCAAUGGCGGAGGUCACAGAAGAGAGCCGUCCGGCGGAUCUCCAAGAAGACCCAUUUGAAGAAAAAUUGGCCAAUACUCCACCGACCAAAGAUUACCAGUCUUUCCAGAGUACUCCAGAUGCUGGAAACCCUGGCGGCAUUGGGAGUGGUAGAAUCAUUCCUACCCGCGAUUCCUCUAUACGCCAUCGUCAUAGUCAGUCUUCCGGCUCAAAAACACGCCGGUCAGCCCGUCACAGUCGAUAUUCCUCUACUGCUAGCAAGGAUUCUAGCACCGAUAACGGCUUGCCAGGAACAAGCAACGACGCAGAGCAGGUGACUCGACGGAUCCAGCAAUUGAAAGACCAACAACAAAAGAUCAAAACGGAGUUGGAAGUGGACAAUGGCCCUGAUCAGUCACCCAAAUCAUCUCCAAAGAAACCGAAGCCAAAGGGCUCGAAAGCAUCACGAGUGCUUGGCCACGAUGUCAAUCAGCUCCCGCUCAAAGACGGUGAUAAUUUGCUCUUCAACGAAAGUGCUCCGUCACCAUCUGUCAUGACAGGCAAAAGCCGCAGCUCGAGUAGACCAGGCGCGCCUCUGGGGUCAAAAGCGGCCAACUUACCACACUCUGUCUCUAAAUCAUCCAUGGAAAGGACCGACUCGCAGAAAGCUGGGUACAAACAAUCACUUGAGCCAAUAGCACCAUCGCAUCGUCGCACCCCAUCCGGUCAUCUGUCGAAUGGGCGUCCCUCAUACAGCACAGAACGUCCAUCCAGCAUGGACUCGAUUGAUCUUGCUGUGGAUGACUACGUCUUCUCCCCAAAGCUUACCCAGAGAGUUGUGCAUCCAACCACUGGCCGCAGCAUUGCAUUUUCCGAAGUCGGUGACCCCAAGGGCCAUGUUGUGCUUUGCUGUGUCGGAAUGGGACUUACUCGGUACCUCAUGGCAUUUUAUGACGAGCUGGCCCGAACACUUAAUCUUCGACUGGUGACUCUGGAUCGCCCUGGCGUCGGUGAGAGUGGGCCACACCAGGUCGACGAACCGAGCACCCCUCUCAGUUGGCCAGACGAUGUUGCUAUUGUUUGCAAUUACCUCCGAGUCACCAAGUUCUCUAUUCUUGCACACUCAGCCGGUGCAAUCUAUGCUCUUGCAACGGCCCUUCGAAUCCCGCAGCACAUUCGUGGCCGCAUCCAUCUCUUAGCUCCGUGGAUUCCUCCAUCCCAGCUAUCUACCAUCGGUUCUCAGAAAGAUCCUGCUCCAACCAAUGCUGUUCCCUACGCCCAAAAAAUUCUUCGUGCUCUUCCAACUUCCCUUCUCAAAGUGGCCAACUCAAGCUUCAUGAGUGCCACAAGUGCCAGCAUCACGAGAAGUGUGCCCAAAUCACCAAAGCGGUCCAAGCGCAAGGCUGGCAAAGAGACAUUCAAUGCAAACACUAUACCUGCAGUCCCACAAAUCCCUUCAGCUGAGACAAACUCACAGUCUCAACAACGAUUGGAUAUACCUCAGAACAUCAAACCAGCCGCAGCAGCAACUGCUUCUUACGGUAAGAGUGACACCACUCUCGGGUCUCGCGCCAAGUCUCCAGAAGAUGAGCGCGAGCGGCAGCAAGAUUACGACACCCGUCUCACAUACAAAAUUUGGGAGCUGGCCACCACCAAUGCCAACCCGGCCGUUGAUUUGUUGAUCUGCCUGGAGCGUCGCCAGGACAUUGGGUUCCGCUACGUGGAUAUCACCAGAUCCGUGGUCAUUCACCAUGGCAGCAAAGAUCCCCGUGUACCAGUCGACAAUGUCCAGUGGCUGGGAAAAACAAUGCGCCGCUGUGAGGUCCGGAUUCUUGAAGGAGAAGGGCACGGCCUCAUGGCAUCUGCCAGCGUCAUGGGCAGUGUCUUGACCGAAAUCGCCAAAGAAUGGGAAGACUGGACAAUCCUUGUGCAAGGCAAGCGCCGAGCAACUGUCAACCAUGCUGCACGACCUGGACUCUCGAUCCAAACCUAA